AGCUGACCGACAUGUUUUGUUUUUUUUACCUGGCAAUGUUGCUCGGAUCUAUGGGGAGUGACCAAAAAAAGCUGGGCGAUUAUUGGACUCUUAUCCUGAAAAUCCUGAACGGAAAUAACAUCACUGUUGCCGGUGGAACGUAAACGGCGGUGUUUUGGCUUGAGGUCGGUUUGCGGCAUGGCUUCCCACGGUAACAACUUUAUCCGCGUGCGCUUGCACUUUGACUACCCGCCGCCGGCCGUCGUUGACUGCCGCAUGUGCUGGCUGCUCGUGGACCUGAACACGUGCCGCGUGGUGGCGGACCUGGAGAGCGUCAUCAGGGACAAGUUCGAGUUCGGCCGCGGGAGCAUCCUCAGCCUCUUCGUGGAGGACUGCUACCUGCCGCACACGGAGAGCGUCUACGUGGUGCGGGACAACGACAGCCUCAGGGUGAAGGUGGACCGUCUUCCCCAGGUGAACGGGCACAACAGCUGUACAGAUGCAGAGAGUGAAAGCUGCAGAAAGCGACAGAGGCCCACAGAGGACGAUGGGCCAGGAGAAAAUGGAGUGAGCAAAAAGAAGAGGAAAAAGAGGAGCGAGGAGAGCGUGGAGACGGCGGGGAUGGAUACCAAGCAGGCUUCAGGUGAUGAGAGUAAUAAGAAGUCCACAGGAAAGAAGAAGAAGAAGAAGAAGAAGAAAAAGAAGGCAGAGGAAAAUGGCCCGACCGUCUCCCCCAAACCAGCUGCUUCUACCAAAAAAACCCCAGUAAAACCCCCCCCGAAGCCCCCAGUGGCCCAGUCAAAACCACAGAAGGUCCCCUCUUCAGAUUCCAGUAGCAGCAGUAGCGAGGAAGACGUAGCUCCCAAAAGGCCAGCUGCCCAAAAACCAGCACCCAAACAGCCCUCCUCCGCCCCUGCUGCCUCCAAGGCGCCCCCGACCACCAAACCCUCCCAGACAAAGCCCCGCCCUCCAUUGUCAUCCUCCUCAGAAACCUCCUCCGACGAGGCGGCCGUUGUUAAAAGCCCGCCAAAAAACAUCUCCACAAAAGGAAUAAGUGAAAACUCUAAACCUCAGCAGGCUCUUCCCGCCCUUCGGUCCACUAACGGCGUGCAGGGACAAGCCGCCGGCGUAGCAGCACCCCCUCAAGAUAACUCAGACUCGGACAGCGAGGAGGAGAUCAAGCUGGUCAUCAAGCGGCCGGUGCAGCAGCCGGGUUUCGGAGUGGGCGGCGGUCAGUCGCCUUGGAGAGGCCGCGGCCGAGGGCUGGGCAGGGGCGGCGGAGGGGCAGAUAGAGGGGCAGGUAGAGGGGCGGUCAGAGGGCGUGGCGCUGGCUUUGGGUUCAACUACGACGGAGCCAAGGAGCCGUCCUGCCAGACCGAUCAGCUGACCAACGUGUCCAUGCUCCUCCAGAAUGUAGCAGAAGCUGCCCCCAAACAGGACUACAGCACCAUGCCCCUGCUGGCUGCCCCACCACAGGUGGGGCAGAAGAUUGCCUUCAAGUUACUGGAGCUAACUGAGAACUAUACACCAGAGGUAUCAGAAUACAAGGAGGGGAGGAUCAUGAGCUUUGACCUCACCACCAAACAGAUUGAGCUGCAACUACUGAACAGCACUCAAGCUCCUGUAGAACCUGGCAAGUUUGACCUGGUCUAUCAGAACGCAGAUGGCUCAGAGAGCGUGGAGUAUGCAGUGUCCAGAGGCUCUCGGGUGACAGAACGGUGGGACUCACUGCUGGAACCAAGGCUGAUCAUUUAAAUGAGACUAAACAGUGACUUUGUAAACCUAAGUUAUAUACUGUGGAGUCACUUUUGUACAUUGCAUAUGACAGCAAAGGGAUAUGAAUAAGGUUGUUUAUGUCUCCCUUCUCUCUACUCCAAAAUAAGUCAACACUUCACACAGCAGAGCUACUGCAGCUGAACGCUAUGACGAAUGUUAUAAUUGUUGCAUUUUAAUUGGGGUUAGAUAUGAAAUACUGUUGUUUUUUUUCCUUUUAAUAUCUAGGUUGAAUGUGUGAGUGCUUCAAAGACUGGGACGAAAUGGUUUUAUGUUUUGUAAAAUGAUAAGACUGAUAUCCGUCUUGUAUGAACUGUUUUUUUUCUAAUAAAACACUUA